AGAAGAUCCUGUACACCCCGACCUUGGCUGACUCUUCCCUGGGGGGCCUGACGACCACCUCCACCUUCACGCUGCAGCAGCCCCGCUGCGUCUUCAACCAGACCCCAGACGAUGCCGUCAUCUGGCUGGUGGUGGCCCUCCCCGAGGCCGUCCCCGGCUUCAAUAACAGCGUGGAGCCAGGGACCCCCGAAAGGGCGUUCCAGGAGUUCCCCACCAGCACCCCCGCCUACAUGACCCUCAACACCACCAUCCUCAACUACCCCUGCCCCAAACCCACCGGGGAGCUCACGGUGCUGCGCGUUGGCAGCGAGACCAGCUGCGCCACAGAUGAGAGGAGACCCACCU